AUGGCUGUAAACAUCCCUGGUGUAGUGGCGGUGGUUGUCUUUUACAUCCUGAUUCUGGGUACGGGAAUGUGGGCAGCUCAGAAGUCAAGGAGGGUCGAGAGGAAGAGCAGUGGAAACAGGACAGAGGUGGUACUCCUAGGAGACAGGAAUAUCAGCUUGCUGGUUGGGAUUUUCACCAUGACAGCUACAUGGGUUGGAGGCGGCUUUAUAUUGGGUGUGGCUGAGGCGGUGUACUCUCCUAAAAUGGGCUUAAUAUGGGCCCUCAUGCCUAUACAGUACUCCGUGUCCUUCGUUAUAGGCGGGCUUUUCUUUGCAAAGCCAAUGAGAGACAAGAAGUACAUCACCAUGAUGGACCCGUUCCAGAUCAAGUAUGGAAAAGUACUGAGCGGGGCUCUAGUGCUGCCCUCCCUGCUGGUGGAUGUGCUUUGGGUGUCCUGCACUCUGCUUGGCUUAGGAGCCACUAUGAGCGUGAUACUGGACCUGCCCUAUGGCUAUUCUAUUUGGAUCUCAUCGGCUGUAGCCAUCAUCUACACUUUGUUAGGAGGUCUUUAUUCAGUGGCUUACACUGAUGUCAUCCAGCUCUCCCUGGCUUUCCUCAGCUUGUGGUUGUGUGUCCCCUUCCUGUUGGUAAAUCCCAUAUCUACAAACAUUGCACACACUGCAUUUAACAACACGUUCCAAGAGCCCUGGGUUGGAAAGCUGGAGCGGGACACCAUCUGGAAGUGGAUUGAUGACUUCUUGAUGCUUGGCCUUGGCAGUGUCUCGUUCCAGAGCUUCCACCAGAGGACGCUGUCUGCCUCCUCAUCACUCACAGCCCAGAUGACAUGUUAUGCUGCGGCGCUUGUUAUUGCCAUACUGGGAAUCCCCCCAGUCUUGGUAGGAGCUGUUGCUGCUUCUACAGAUUGGAACCAAACACUAUAUGGCCUUCCACCUCCAUAUGUAAGGGGGGAACACACUUUGGUCCUGCCUCUCACCCUGCAGUACCUCACUCCAUCUUACAUCUCAAUCAUUGGAAUUGGAGCAGUGGCUGCUGCUGUCAUGUCAUCUACAGACUCUGGCCUGUUGUCUGCAACUUCUGUUUUCUCCUCAAACAUCUACAAGAACAUCCUGCGCAAACAGGCAUCAGACUUGGAAAUAAAGUGGGUGAUUCGGGUCACAGUGGUGGUGGUGGGCCUUGUUGGGACUUCCAUUACCUUCUACACAAACAGCACGUUGCUUCUCUGGAUUCUGGGAGCAGACGUAUCCUACACCCAGAUGUUCCCUCAUCUUGUCUCUGUUCUCUUCUUUGAGGUGACAAACGGGUACGGGGCCAUGGCAGGUUACAUCAUAGGACUUAUGAUAAGGAUUUUGUUGGGAGAGAACACAGUAGGACUUCCUGUUGUUCUUUGUCUUCCUGGAUGCACUCUGGAAGAUGGUGUUUACGUCCAAAAAUCCCCAGUCAGGACAGUUGCUAUGCUCUGCACAUUUGUAAGCAUCUUGUUUUUUUCAUGGUUGGUUUCUUUCAUGUUCAACCGCAGCCUGUUACCUGAGCGCUGGGACAUUUUUAAAGUAAAAUGUUAUGAUGCCGUAACACCAGCAGAUACUUUAACACAGAGCCCUAAAGAAGAUGCUGGAAGUGACGCUGAGUGUGACGAGAACGUAAAUGGAGUCCCUUUACAACCAAUGUUAGAGACGGAGUCAUAACUGUUUUCAGAGCCCUAGGCAUCGGCAGUGUAGGCAAAUGAAAGGGGCGCCACACCAUCCAGAGGCACUGGCACGAGAAAGAAACAUUUGGAAUGAAGCCCCAAAAUGUUACCAGAUCUUCCAUUUCCCUGCAUCUCUCUCUUCCAGGCUUGACUCAGCCUCCCUCUCUCUCUCUGCCUUUUUCUUACUCUUUCUUUCUCGAUCACAGAGGCCCCCCCCCCCCCAACAGACUCAUUUGGCCCCUGACAGCCUAACAGCAUAGGAGAGAGUUGCCAGGCCAUCUUCAUCUCAUAUUUACUGUUUUGUCAGCCUAAUUUAUACCAGCAUUCAUUUUUGGGGUCUUGUGUAUUUUAGCUUACAUGUAUUGGCAACGUUCACACUGCAGUUAAAAGUGACCUGAAUCAGAUUUUUUGCUCACAUGUGACUCGUAUCAGAUUUUUUUUCUGACAGUGUGAACAGCACAAGUCACAUUGAAUCUGACCAUUUCGAAUCAGAUUCAGGCCACUUUCAUAUGUGGUUCUAAAUCAGAUAUGUAUCCGAUCUUUUGAAAGUUGACUGCAGGUGUGAACAGGCAAACAAAAAAAAAUCAGAUCUUAGAAAAGAUCAGAGUGGAGCAUUAAGGUGUGCAGUGUGAGAGUAGCUUUAGUUGCUGUGUUUGUCACUGUGUUUUAUGCACAAGCUGCUCUGAACCAGUUUCCCCUUGAGGGAUUUAUAAAGUUGCUGAAUUUAAGAGUAUUGGUGUUCAGGUCAGGCCAGUCAAAUCAAAAUCAAACACAAUAAUACCGUGGUCAGCAGACUAGUCUCUGGUAGUUUUGGCUUCACUGGGGGCAGGUGACAAGUCCUGCAGCAAAAGGAAUCUAUAAAGUUUCUCAGCAGAUAGCAGCAUGAAGGUCACUAAAAUCUCCUGUUAGAUGACUGACAGUGUUGACUCUGGACUUGACAAAGCACAGUGGACCAACAGCAGCAGAUGACAUGACACCUCAAACCAUCACUGCCUGUGGAAACUGAAAACUUCAAGCACCUUGGGUUCUUUUUCUCUCCCCUCCUCCUCCAGACUCCGGGACCCUAAUUCCAAAUGAAAUUCAAAAUAUACUUUCAUCUGAAAACAGGACCUUGGACAUAUACAGUAUGUAUGUUUUAGCCUGGUAGACUCAUUCCCAUAUAGUUAUGCUGAAGUAUGAGUAGACUGGCAGACUAUAGGCUGGAGUUGCUUAUAAUGCCAAUGAAUUAUUAAACACUUCCUGCUUAAAUUCUUUACUUGUAAAGCUUAUAAUAGAAGUCUCACUGGAUUUUUUUAUUUCAUCUGAGAACUUUUUCAGAAAAAUAACACGUUACUAGGGUUACUAAAUUUGACUUUAUUCACUCUAAUAAUGGACAAACUGUUACCUGGAAAUUUGCCCCAAAAAUGCCCAGUUAACUUUGUUUGCAGUGGAAACAGCCACAGAAAUAGACUUGAAUGUUGGAAAUAAAACUAAAGAUGGAGAAACUUCUGAGGCUCAGAUUUACUGGGGGAGAACCCCCCGCCCCCCACCCCAGCACACACACAUAGCACACACGAUGCUGAAGUAAAACCUACAAACAUGUCUUUAACCAGUAAGUACACAUCAUGUUUUCUGCAUUUGGAAUACAUUUGAUGUGUUUGGAUUAAAAAGGCAAAAAGUCCAGAGAGUAAAACGAUCUCAGGGGUAGCAUACCCCCAAAUCCCCCUCGUAAGCUCAGUGUUCUGACCUCUGUCUUUCUAAUACACUGCGUGUUGUCAUGAUUUGCACUGUAAAAACAUCUCAUACAAUACAUAAACUGAGAAGCUGUUUCACUGUUUCAUUUAAAUUAUAAACUUUAUACUCCAGUAUAUAUGCCAACACUCUUCUAGUAGUUAUGUAAUAAUUUGUAUUUUCCUAUCAAGUAAUGCCAGUGAGCUAAAUUUGCCCCCCUACCCACAUAAGUGUAACAGAAGCUUUGAAGGGCAGAUCAUUUUAAGCAGCUGGCCUUGAGGCACUGUUAGCUCACAGAGUUUAAACAUGGUGGAGUCUAUCAGCAAAAACAACCCUGUUUGUAGAUCAUGAUUUUGAACAGCAGGGCUUACAGCUUCAGAAAUGCAUUGCUGACGUAUCUGAAUAAGCUGAUUGCUUUUAAACUGAAAAGAGCUUGUUCCUUAGUGACAUUUGGAGAUGACUUUUUGUUAGCAUGGGGUUUUCACCAUGCACUUCAAUCACUGAGGAAUAGUGUUGCAUGGGGCCUUAAAGGCCGACAUAGUUAAGAUGUGGGUCAACAGGGAGACUUUGCAGACUUGCGUCAUAAAUUUAGACAAGACUUCCUGACCUACAUGUUUCUUCGUGACGUGACUGCUGUCGCGAAGAUCCCGACACAUACCCAGUUACUUGAGCUGAACCCCUCGGUUCAAAAACAGAAAUACUUCUCAAGUGUUUGGUAUCUUACCUUUCACAGAGGGGGGUGCUGUAUUUUAAGCCAAUAAGACAGCUGUUUCAAAUUUCAGGAAAAGGUUAAAACAGGAUCCAGUGUUGCCUUGCUCAUAAACAACCUUAGACCUAGUUAGAGUUAUGUCAUAGACAAAGUUAAAAAGGCAGUUUAUCCCAUAGUCUGUCAGUCAAGUCUGCAUUAAACAAAACAAGCCUAAAAUACAUUUGGGUUAUGGCAGUUUAACCUCCAGUGCCUGUCCAUGUGCCAAACAAUUGCUUGCCUGGUAUUUGUGAGGGAAUGGAUAUGUAAGGGUAUUGCAUAAUCUGACUCCUUAAGGCACUUCUAUGCUGCUGGUCACUCUUACCCAGUCAGACGGAGAAGACUGUGAUGCAAAGUGUCGGUCAGUUUAAGCUAAUCACAAUCAUGCACAAUCUUACACUGCAGCAUUUUGCACACCACUGGCGCAGCGGUGGAAGCCUGUGGGUUUCAGUGUCUUGCCCAAAGACACUUCAACAUGUGAUCUGCCACUUUCUGGGUAAGAGAUGAAUAAAAAGCAACUCAGGCUACACAAUUUUUUGGUCAUUCACGACAGCACCAUGUCAGACUAUGGCUGACAGACUGGCCUAACUAUGAGGGAUGGGUCAAAGUCAAGGUUAUUAUAGUUAACUAAAAAUAACUGAUUAACUAAUACUAAAACUCAAAAUUUUUUAAGUUAACUGAAACUAAAUAUAAACUAAGCUUUACCAAAAAAACAAAAACUAAC